GCAGCUGGUAUAUUGUUGUCAUUCGUUCGUGAUUUUUUGUUCGUCAGUCAAACGAAAAGCGCAGUGAGAAGUGCGACGUAGGUUUGGUUUUUCGCAUCCAUCAAGGUGGGGGUCGUCGUCAGAGGAAAAAGCUGUUUUAUUCCAUUUAAUUUUUACGCUUUUGUGCAGUCAAAAGUGUGUGAUCCUUGAACCAUUCCGUGCAGAAAAAUCAAGCCUAUCAAAAGUGAAAACACCCCGGAAAGGCUUAUAUAAAAUUGUGCGCAGUUUCAUCAUCUAUCAUCGUUCGGUUCCCUCCAGCGACGAAAUGGCCAUCAGUUUAACGUCGGAAGGUGGUGCCCCGGAAAAUUUCCACAUAUCGUUCGGCAACGAUGACGACGUUUCGAACCUGAGCGCUGGUUCGAUGCGCUGCCCGGUCUGCAGCUACUCGAAACGAAAUUUCCACUGCCGGAACUGCAUCCGAAAUGGGGACUUUCUGCACUCGUCUCACCACCUGCUGGAGAGAUUUUCGGAGAAGCAGCUUCGCUACAAGAACCUCCAAACCGCUCACGCCAUCCUGGAGGACAAAUGUGUCCACUUGAUGGCUCGCAGAAGACUCGGCUGUCAGUUGCGUGCCGAAAUCAAACGAAAGUCGGAGACUAUUGAAAAAAUGCGCGUGGUGAUGGUUAAGAAACGGGAGAAUUUGGUACGGUUGCAGUCGCUGAAGAAAGAAUAUCAAAACUCAAACCGUCAGCUUCGGAUGAAGCUGCCUCUGUGCGACGAUCAGGUACGAAAGCUGGGCGAUUACGUCCUAUCGAAGCUGGAGGAAAGCGAAAGACGGCGGGAAUGUCUGCAGCAAUUGCAAAGCAAACUGCAAAUAAUAAAACGGGACAACAUCGAGAAGCUGAUCAAAUACAUUUUUCCGAUUUCGCAAGCGAUCAGCAAUAAGAGCAGCUUCUCCAGCAGUGAUGGAGAAAGCAAAAACAGGAUUAGUGAAAUCUCGGAGGCAACGCGAACGGCGUACGUGCGGGGGAAGUGGGUCCUCCAGGACAGUUUCGGUGAGAUUCAACACAUAAUCGUUGCUCCGGUUCUGCCGGGGAACGGAAAUUAUUCCGCUUACAAUGACUGGGCAACGGUAAACCCGGCAACCGAUGUGAGUUCCAGUGCAAUGAAAAAUGAAGACCCCAUCAAAACUAUGGCAAGCAGAAAUCCAGCACACACCAUUGCUGGGGCUCUAACGUACGCCACACAACUGGUUCAGAUCAUGUGCUUCUAUUUGGACGUACGUCUCCCGUAUAAGGUUUCCUACGGCGACUUCUGCACAACGGCCCUUUCGGAGGCCACCUUUAAUCGAAAAGUUGCUCGGUUGAAUGCAAACAUUCUGUAUCUGUGUUACGCGCAGGGUUGCCGGCUGGCUGAGCUACAUCCCACUCACACGUUGGAAAACCUUCAACGGAUGCUGAAUCCGACCCAGGCCGAUCUGGGUCGGUUCGGACCGACGGACAGAAACCUUUGCCUGAAUGAUCAAAUAGAUGUAUUAACACUGAACCUGGGUGUCGGAGAGGACUCCGAUUCAGAUGAAGAAUCAAGCCUCCACCAGGAGUGGGAAGCCGUUCCGAGCAAUCUGCCAGCUUCGGUGGAGGCCGAUGCGUUGCUUCUGGUGGGGACAGCCACACAGCAACCGUACAGCAAUACUCAUCGAUUCCAGCAGCAGCGACCGCAGGCACAGUAUCUCAAUCAUCACCGUCCGCAGGUGACGGCGGCGACGACGACGACGAGUCUGAUGACCAGCGCGGUUGCUUCCGUGACCUCGUUCUGGAAGGGCUGGACGGGCAAAUGAGUUGUCAGGUGAGUGAGAUCAUACAGAGAGAGAGAGAGAGAGCCAGAACAAGCGUUUAGAUAUGUGAUAAGCACCUAAACUGAUGGAAAGAUUUACAAAAGCUAACUUUAAUUACCGAAUAGACCACGCCUUUGAAACGUGGACGAAGUGUGAGACAAAUGCUUCUAGCGAAUUAUAUUUUUUUUUACAUUUAAUCAUAACUAAUAAAAUUGAUUAUUCGGCAUUUCCUAUUCCUAGACUAGCAGAUAACUAAGUUAAGCGUUACU